UUCGUUCGUGGCCGUGGGUUGGCAUUACUUUUGCUAUUUGACUUCAAAAGCGACAAGUUGUUUGUUGUAGUUUGCAACGAUCAUUCUCUGUCUGGUUUUAAUGUGUUUGUUCGAUUUUUGUUAAUUGUUUUUAAGAAGGAAAGUGGUAAUAUUACCUGUUUGUACUCUACACAAUGGCUGAACGCAAGAAUCCGUUAUUUCGCAUCCAGGUUUACGUUAGACAACGACCUUACACUAAGAGUGAAAUCAAUGCCAGCAAGCCUUCUGCUAUUAAAUUUUCAAGUCAAACCGAACUUGUCCUAAAGUGUGGGGCAAAUGAGAAAAACUAUACUUUUGAUAGAGUUUUUGCGGGUGGAGCUAUACAAGCCGAAGUUUAUGAUGUUGUUGUGCGCCCCUUGGUUGACUCGAUGCUGUUGGGCUGCACUUGCACCGUUUUUGCUUAUGGACCAACUGGAACUGGCAAAACUUACACCAUGGUUGGAGACACAGUUAAUACGUCGGUUGAUUUUAUUAAUGACCCUUCUGUUGGAAUGGUACCAAGGGCAGCAACUGAUAUUUUUGAUAAACUAUCGCAACUUGGGGUUGAAUAUAAUGUAUCUGUUUCCUAUGUUGAGAUAUACAAUGAAGAAAUACGCGAUCUUUUAUGUUCUGACGGUCCUUGUUUGAGGAUCUAUGAUGACCCGGACAAUAGGGGGGCAACAUGUAUCAAAGGUGUGUCUGAAGUACCAGUGAAAGAUUGUAACGAACUCUUUGAAAUGUUGAUGAUUGGAGCUAAUGAUCGUCAUAUCGCUGAUACUAACAUAAACCGUCAAAGCUCACGCUCUCAUACCAUCUUUACUAUUCUCGUUACCAUUCGCGAAUUAUCUAAUGGUGAAGAGAUUGUUAAGACUGGUAAAAUACAUUUGAUCGAUUUGGCUGGAAGUGAGAACGUUGGCCGUUCUGGAGCAACUGAUUUGCGUGCUAGACAAGCAGGGACCAUCAAUAAGUCACUUCUGACUUUGGCAAAAGUUAUAAAAGCUCUUGCUUUUAAAUCGCCACAUGUUCCUUACAGAGAAUCAAAGCUAACAAGAAUCCUACAAGAUAGUUUGGGUGGCAAGAGUAAAACUUGCAUUAUUGCGACUUUUUCUCCUUGCUCUGACGUUUUUGAAGAGACUGUUAGUACGUUGGAUUAUGCACAUAUGGCUAGAAGCGUCUCCAACUGCCCGACUUACAAUGUUAAAAACAUACGCAGAGAUAAUAUGAUUAAAGAUUUAGAAGACGAGGUUACUUCUCUACGCCAGGAGAUAAAUGCUGCCAGAGAAGGUGAAGGCUUCUUUAUGGAUAACGAAAGCUAUGAGAAGCUGAUGCUUGAAAUUAAAGUGAAACGCGAAAGGGUACUCUGUCUAACUGCAGAAAUAACAACAUUAAAUGAUAAUAUCAGGAGUCAAAAGCAGUGUGCUGAAGAGUUGGGAAGGAAUUAUUUUCAGUCUGUUACCACAUUGGAAACUCUCAAAAAAGAGUUGGAAGAGGAAACCGUCAAACAGGAAGAGAGUGAAUAUGCGAUUGUCCGCAUGAGUGAUAAUCUGUCUCAAGUGAAACAACAAUCAAGAGCUUUAUGUGACGUCUACCAAACAUCAACGAAACUUGGGGAGAUCUAUUACCAGAAAUAUAACUCUCAGUGUGACGCAACAUUGCAUAAUGCAAAAAUCGCUAAAGAAAUGGUCACGCUUUCAUCCAAGAACUUGAGAGGAAUUGAAAACACUCUAGAACAGUUUGUAAAAAAUGGAAAAGAACAUUUGGCCGCUUUAACUAUAAGCAGUGCACGCAUCAAGGAUAACGUACUUAUGGAUUCGGAACGUUUAGAACAACUUUUUAACGAAGUAGCGGUUUUUUCCGAGAAACUUAAGUGCACAUUUGAGACUUUGUUUAAGAACUCGGAGUUUACAGAACGCGAUGCUAAAGCAACUUUGACGUCCACGUGUAGUGCCAAUCAUAAACUGGUGGCGCACAAUUUUCGAAUAAUUAAAACAGAUCUUGGAAAAUUAAAGGAACACAUAGAUGAAACUAGAGCAUCAUUGGCCGAAGCAACAUUUCAAUAUAACAAUGAUGUUAGCACACAAUUUUCCGCCUUAAGAGACAUGUACGAUAAAUUCUACGCUUUAAUGAAUGCUUUGCGUGUCAUUCUGCAUAAACGUUACAUUCGAGUUAGGCGUUUACUAAGUCGAGAUGAUGAAGAACGUGAAUCUUGGGAGCAACUCAUAAGAUUGUUUACAACCAAGGAAGAAGAUUUGUCCUUGGAACUGGAACCUGCAAUGCACGUGAAAGGAUAUAUUACCGAACUCGUCGACUUGUUGAAAGAAAGAUCUCAAAGAAUCAACCAAAAUCUAAAUACCAUUGUUACCAAUUUCAACCAACAGACGGCGUAUGUUCAACUAAAUGAGCUUAGAUUGAAAUAUCAAACAGUUGAAGAAGACAUUAAGGACAGCCAAAGGAUUUGCUCUUUCCAGAUUUCUCAAAAUCACCGUCUAAACCAAGGUUACUUCGCUAAAUUUUUUGAUACUAUUGAAAAACGCUUAGAGGAACAGAAUAAGGGAGUUGUUGCAAAAAAGGAGGCUAUGACAAAAGAGGCGUUUGACAUCUUAGAAAGUCAAACUCGCGUGACUACAGAUUUCUCCACCCAAGUUACAGCUUCACUUGAUCAUUUUAUUAUGAAUGAAAAUCGAUCCGUUGCAAAGGUGGUAGAAUUUUCGCAACACACCGUUGAAAACCUCCAAGGCAUGUUAGGAGAAGUUAAUUUCAUAGGUAAAUCGGGUGACACACCAGUGAAACCAACAUACGAUUAUCCAAAAAAGAUCAGUUCUGGACUCUCUAAGGAAGUAUUAAAAAAAGAGUUUAAGAAGUCGAUUCUACAAGAGAUUCAAGAUAAUGAAUCAAACGAGCCAACGACUGAUGAUAACUGAAUUUGUAGUGUUUUAACUUGUAUUUUAGUUUUAGUUGUUUUUAAUUAUUUUGAGUGCAUUUAAACAAACUAAAAAAUAAUUAAAUAAAAAUGUGUUAAAAACCAAAAUUUUUUGUGCCUGUGGUCGUUUUUUUUGUUCAACUUCUUGUGACACGAGCCAUUUUUUAUUCCAAAGCAAUUUUAUUAUUUUUUAAAAUUGAUGUUUAACACAGGCUUCGAGUGUUUUUUCCGUAAUACAUAACCCGGACCAGCAGUUUUAAAAUUUUAGCAUUGUUGCAGCGUGUAUAAUUGGUUG